AAGGAUGGAAGUGAACGGAUGGGGUUUCGGCAAAUAUUGGGGGAAAUAUGCACGACCACUAACGCUAAACUGGGGCUAGCGUGCAGCUAAGGUUUAGUGCCACAUGAUUUCCCCGGGCACUCGGAGUUUUGGAGCCUGAAAUCUGAGGAGUCAUUGACCCUUUUUUGUUCUCUCGCCCGAUACAGUCCAUAUGUUCUAUGUGUCUAUUGGUACAUAGUUACAUGCCACCGACUGACGAAUAAUAUUUGUCACAGUUGUUUAGGGAUCCCUCUCUACAACAGCAAUUUCCAAGCAUCUGUAUUGAGGAUUGAGUUUGACCCUCCUUUAAACUUCGUUCAAACAUCGGGGUUCAUUCGUUGCCUUUCGAGGUCCUUCCGUCCGUCCCAGUUCAAUCAUGUGAUGUGGUGGCGACCGUGAACCUUACCGAAAGGAGUAAGGCCCCUGUUUCAACCGACGUUGACUCCUUACCUACCCCGUACCGUUUGUGUUCUCAUAUGUGUGUAAUAUACGAAAUACCGCGAAUCCACAUGUAUCAGGUCUAGGCCCCGUGCCUACGACUAGUUCAUUUUUGGGCAUACUAGAACACUUCCACUAAUCUCCAGCGGAGACUCGGGGUAUCAACCGGGAAAAUCACCUCUAUACUCCACAUCUGAGCUUCCAUAUCCACAUACAUUGUAUGAAUUAAGUUUUCUUGUCAUGAGUCUCACCGAAGUCCAUUUGCGACCGGCAGUGUCGCAAGAUCUUCCAUCCAUCGCGGAAGUGGCCGCACAAUCCAUGUUGGACGAUGAGCUGUUUGCGUUUCUCUGCCCUCGGCGUAGGGAAUUCUACUCCGACUAUCGUCAGAGUUUCCUGCGACGACUACGGGCGAAGUUGACAUCACCCGGGUGGGUUGUCAUUGUUGCAGUAGGUGAGUCUCGAACGCGCUCCGUGGAUACAGACUCAUGGCCUGUCCUUGGCUAUUGUGUCUGGGAGCGCAUCGGAGACACGGUGGAAGAGUCCGCCAAACGGUGGAAGGAGACCUCGAAUCAUAGCUGGUGGACUCGGGUACAGGAACUGUUUGGAAAUGUGAGCGAACAUUUUGUGACUCGUCUGUACCCCGACCGAAGUGUAGAUGCAUCUCGCUUGGCUAGGUACAAUGCGUCGACCGUUGAUUGCUUCCCGUACAACGACUUUCCAGAGCUCUGGUUCCUGUCAACACUGGCAGUUCACCCGGCGUACCAGCGACAGGGGAUCGGUCGCAAGCUCGUUGAAUGGGGCCUCAAACAGGCCACGUGGGACGGAACCCCUGUUGGCCUCGAGGCCAGUGCCAAAGCAACCAAUCUCUACGAAUCCCUUGGGUUUCAGAUAGUCAACGAAAUGCCAUUGGUGGAGGGGGUUACCCUGACAGCAAUGCUGUGGCAACCGUCCUUUCGGGUGGCGCACCCUUGAUGACAAUGCAUUAUCCACAAUAAUGUAUACAUACACCUUCUCUAUGGCCCUCUCUGGACUUUACGGCGUGUAUAUGUUGGCGCACCUGCUUUUGAACUAGGAAAGAUAGGGUGGAAUCCAUCUUUUUUUUGGCUCCGAAUCUACUGAUCAUUUCUUGGUCUGCAAUUGACACGUGAGUUGCGAUCAGGUUUGCUUGAUGAGGAGGCCUUGGAUGCCUUUGCUGAAGCUAGAAAGAAUAUCAUAUCAUUGGCCAAACCUUAUGGGAUCACUGAACAAACCCCAUUGCCAGUGGGGAUAUUGGCGACAGAAGGUCAGGUUUACAGGUCCACGAGCGCUGUAGGGGUUGGACACUUUGUGGACAACAAGGCUGAGACGCAAG